AUGAGUGAUUAUUCUUCUAUGGCUACGCUUCAAAACAAUAGUGUCACAGGGGGAUUUGCGGCAGCUUUACAACGUGCGAAAUUGGUAGCCGCCAAAAUUGAAGUUGGUGGAAAUAAGAGAUCACUAGACGACGGACCAGAACCAAGCUCAAAGAAACUUGCAUCAGCAGAACCUCCCUACUCUCCACCUCCAAUGAGUGUAACAGCAGCAGCAGCAGCGGCCGCCGCGGCAGCAGCACGUCUUGCUGCUAAUUCUGCAUCUCCGCCUGCUCCAUCCGGGCCCCCGAACAUGAUGAAUGACCAGGCUAUUAAUGACUAUAUCAGGGUUCCUGAUAAAAUGGUCGGCCUCAUCAUUGGUCGUGGAGGAGAGCAGAUCACAAGGUUGCAAGCAGAGACAGGGUGCAAGAUUCAAAUGGCCCCUGAUUCCGGUCAAGCAGAACGUCUCUGUACCCUUACAGGGUCGCAAGAGGCUAUUAAUAGGGCAAAGGAACUUGUAAAUAACAUAGUGAAUCACCGUGGACGGGAAAACGCGCAACAACAUCCCGAACAGGGCAUGUCUCCCAUGGGACCUAGGGGAGGCGGCGGCGGCGGCGGUGGUGGUGGUGGAUUGGGCAUCACUGAUGAGAUAAUGCUACCGGGUCCCAAAGUUGGGCUCAUCAUUGGUAAAAAUGGUAAAACCAUCAAGCAGUUGCAAGAGCAGUCUGGAGCCAAAAUGGUGGUCAUUCAGGAUGGACCGAACACGGAAUAUGAAAAGCCACUCCGUAUAUCCGGCGAUCCGGCUAAAGUAGAGCACGCCAAGCAGUUGGUGUACGAGUUGCUUCAGGACAAAGAAGGCGGACAGAGCGGAGGUCGCGGGUUUGACGAUAAUUAUGCGGAACAGGGCAAUGGUGUUACAUCGAGUGAGGUUUUGGUACCAAAAACGGCAGUCGGUGUCGUCAUCGGACGCAACGGAGAUAUGAUUAAAAAGAUUCAAAGUGACUCGGGAUGUAGGGUCCAGUUCCACCAGGAGAGGGAGGAGGGCCCGGGAGAUAAGAGGUGUUAUCUGCAAGGUCUUCCGCAUCAAGUGGACCACGCCCGGCAGAUGAUUGAAGAUUUGAUUAACAGUGUUAAUGUGAGUUCAUUUGAACAGUUGGCAAUUCGCUCGGGGCGCGGUCGCGCGGGCAACAAGAACAACAACCCGGGCAACGACCGAGACUCCCAGCAGUGGCAGGACAACAGUCCAGAAGUCAGGGUCACCUUCUCGAUGCCCAAUGUCAAGUGUGGACUCAUUAUUGGCAGAGGUGGCGAAGUAAUUAAGCAAAUUAACGCUCAAUCGGGCGCGCACUGCGAGUUGGACCGACGCGCGCAGAACCAAGACCGAGUGAACCGGACUUUCUUUAUCAAGGGACAUCCUGAUGCCGUCGAAAGCUGCAAACGUAUCAUCAUGGAGAAGGUUGGCAUGCCAGUAAACUUUAUCCCCGAUGGGGGCGGCCCGGGUAGCGAUAACGGCAACGGUGGCAACAACGGGGGUGGGGAGUACUACCGCGGCGGGGGCGGGGGCGGCGGAGGUGGCGGGGAAGGCGGUGGAUCCGCCUGGGGUUACAACCCGCAUUGGCAUCAGCAGCAGCAGCAACAGCAACAACAAGUGCAGAUAAAUCCUGCGACCGGACAGCCAGACUAUUCCCAGCAGUGGAUAGACUAUUACCGGUCUCUCGGUCUCAUGAGGGAGGCUGAAGCCAUCGAGCAGCAGGCUAAGCAGCAAAUGGGCGGACCCAACAAUCAAUCCAACUCGGGCAGCCCGAGCCAGACGAGCGGGCCGGCGAGCACUCCGCCCAGCAGCACGCCCAGCAAUGCGCCCGACUACAGCGCGCAGUGGGCUGAGUACUACCGCAGCAUCGGCAAGCUCAAGGAGGCAGACGCCAUCGAGGCGCAGAUCAAGGCCAAGCAACCGCCCAGUCAGCAACCGCCCCAACCGAGCAACGCUCCACAGGCGCCACCUAGCCAGUCCCCGGGGGCCAUGGGCCAAUAUCAGCAGUACCCGAUGUACCCGCCGGUGUACCCCUAUCCGUACCCGUACGGGAACGCACCUGACUCUGGACACCAGUAA